UGUAAUUAUGUGGGUUUUGAUUGAGAUCAUGAAUAGCUCAAUGAAAGACUACAAAUGCAAACCUGGAAGCACUUAAAAGGCAGGAUCCAUCUUAUCUGAUUGGUCAGUGUGCUCAUGACAUCCAACUAUAUAAACGCUUAAAAUUCAACGAAAUCAUCAUUGUUCAGUUAGAUCUCAAAUUAUUUAUAUACUAAUCCCUCAUACAUUUUAACUUACUCCAAAUGAUUAAACAUUUAUUCAUUAUUCAUGCAUACAUUUCAAUUCACUUUCUCGCUUGUUAUUACACACAAACAAAUUCAAGAUCAAGUAUCAAUGUGUUAUCGACAUGUAAAUGGUGUGCGAACUGUAGUAAAAUUAUGCCUUGUAAUUAUUCAAAAUGGAUAGGUGGAUGGGGACAACCAAAUCAGUCAUUUAUAAACAACUGUACUCUCAGUAUGGUCCAAACUUCAUCAUCUUGCUUAAAUGAAUGUCUAUCGAAUCCUCUAUGUUAUUCAUACACAAGUCCAACUGAUUUACCAACACAAUGCACCUUAUAUUCAAAGCCGAUCAAUCUAACUGGUGAAUUAUACAAUCGUACCGCAUUCGAAUAUGGAACAAGAAUAUGUUGUAAUGAUAUUAAAAACUAUGGAGUUAUCAUGUCACCGUGUCUCCCAUGUUCCACUUGUACAAAACUCAUGCAAUGUAAUCAAACAUAUUAUGUAGUGAAGCCAGGAUUACCGAACAAUCAAUUCCUCAGUACCUAUUUUCUCAGAGAAGUCAAUGCUACAAUAAAUUGUGCUAGCGAAUGUGAACUCAAUCCCUACUGCAUGUCGUUUUCAUAUAUUGUUGAUCGUCCAAGAUGGUGCUCACUAUUUAGUGGUGUCAUGAAUACAACUGUAAUAUACAAUGAUACGAUGGAACAAAUGACUGGUGGGAAAGUAUGUUGUGGGCUGCAAUUGAUCAAUCUCUUGUUGGCACAUUUGCAUCCUGUACGGAUUGCUUUGAUAUUGCCUUAAGUCACAAGCAUUAUAACAAAGGUGGAUAGUGGCUAUCAGUGAAAUCUAAGACACUCGUUUCGUCCUAUUUGAGACUCGUGAGCUUUAUGUACCUGCAUCCCAGAAGUAAUAGUCACUCGAAGAUUCGAACCCAAUACUGCACCGAAUGCAUAUAUGCCAAUAAGGGACUUAUCAACACCUGUCCUAAACAUUU